AUGCCACAUCUUGAGCAGUUCAAUCAAUGCUGUGUCAUCAAAAAUAUUCAACCAUCACCAUGCUUUGCUGCAGCUCAUGUCCAUGUCAAAGGCCCGCAGUAUCUACCUGGCCCAGUGGUUGCUACUGGAGCACAUAUGCAAUGCUCUGCUCAACUGGCCCACACCUUCACAAAAGAAUUGAAAGCAACUGCAGCACACAAUGCUCCACCUGCAGGUAUCCACAGGGGUGCUGAAAUGGGCAAAGGUCUUGGCAAGAAAAUUUCACCACAGCUGAUCACCCAACACACACAAGUUCACCAACAUAGGCAUGCAGAAGUUUUCACACCUGGCAAGGACACUUCUGGCUGGCUUCAGGGCAUGCUACCCAGCCCUGAUGUUGUAAAGCUGUCAUCUGUCCUCAUGUCCAUUCUGAAGCUUAUUGGUAUAUUGAUUUUCUUAUGCAGCCUGUACUUUGUCGGCAUCUUAUUAUUUUGGCUGUAG